ACCAUUUAUAGGGUCGUCGCUUUGGGUUAUCAGCAUAACUUAACAGCUGAAGUGAGUGAAACUUAUUUGCCUUAGAUUAUAAAGCAACAACAACAUCAUUAAAUCAAAAUAAAAAAAAUAAAAGAAAACAACAAAAACAAAGCGAUAGCCGGCUGCAUUUUGCACUGCCUGCUGAUAAGCGUCUCAUAUGGCUAUCGUGUCAUUCAGUCAUUUUUUGAUUUCGGUGGGACAUAGACCUAUAAGAAGAUGCGUGUGGCUAUUUUGGGAGGAGGUAUUAAUGGUUUCAGUUGUGCUGUAAGAAUUCAAGAACACUUUCAGCAACGCAAUCAACCCAUUGAGGUGACAGUGUUGUCCGAAGAUUUUUCACCAAACACCACGGGAGAUGGUUCGGCUGGUUUGUGGGGACCUUAUUUGUUGGGCAAAACACCCGCUAGCAGUGUUAACAAAUGGUCCAAGGGAAUGCAUGAUUUUUUACAAGAACUAUGGUUGUCUGAAGAUGCCGGCGAGGCUGGCAUUUGUUUGAUUCCAGUCAUACGUGUGACUACAACUGAUACGCCGGUUGCUGAUUUCUGGCGAGAUAUUGUGUAUGGCUGUCAAGAGGUUCCCCAAAAACUGCUUGAUGAGUAUAAUGCCAAUAGAGACAAGAAAUUUAAAUCUGGUUUACAUUUUGUCACCUAUACCUCAGAACCACGAAAACUGUUGCCCUAUCUCAUGAAACGUUUUGAGAAGCGUGGAGGCCAUAUUGUCAAGCAGAAAAUUGAAAGCCUUACGGAAUUUUGCGAAAAUACAAACUAUGAGGUGAUUGUCAAUUGUACAGGACUGGGAUCUUUCAAAUUGCUGGGGGAUGAGAAAAUGUAUCCGGUGCGUGGUCAAGUGAGUAGAGUAAGGGCUCCAUGGUUGUACUAUGUGUUGCUGGAUGAGAGUGAUGAUGGAAACUAUAUUAUACCCAACAUGGACUCUGUGGUUCUGGGAGGAACCCAUCAGGAAAAUGAUUUUAAUAUUUCAGUAUGUCCCAAUGAUAAGAAAUUCAUAGUAGAAGGUUGUAAUCAGUUAGUGCCUCCCCUGGAAAAGGCCACCCAUAUGUUUGAUUGGGUGGGACAAAGGCCGGGAAGACCCAAUUUGCGUUUAGAGUCAGAGCAAUUUGAUAAGCAAUUGGUUAUUCAUAACUAUGGCCAUGGUGGCAGUGGUGUUACUCUAGCCUGGGGUUGUGCCUCUGAGGUAUUGGAUAUAUUGGAAAAGGCCAUGGAGAAAUUACAUCAACAAAAAUCGAAAUUAUAAUCAACUCCAGUUUGUGUAGUUAACAUUUGUCAGCCUGUUAAGCAACAUUAAAUGUGUGUUUUGGCUGUAUACAUGUUUAAUAAACUAAUGUUGCGGGCAACAAUGUUGCUGGCAACAUUGCUGCUGGGAA